GGCUUGGGCUGCAGCGUUGACGAGAGUGUUGACUACAAAACAUGGCGACAGCCGCAGCAGCUGGAAACGAAUUGAAGAAAGAGCUGACUUGUGCGAUAUGUUUGGAGUGCUUCAAAGACCCAGUCAUACUCAAAUGCGGCCACAAUUUCUGUCGGUUUUGCAUCUGUAUGCAUUGGGAUGAAAAUGGCGGAGACUACGGUUAUCAGUGUCCUCAGUGCCGGACGGUGUUCAAUAAGAGGACUUUCACCAAAAACUACCUGGUGCAGAAUCUGGUGGACAAAUUGGAUGAUCUGGAGUGUCUGGCGCCGUGUCCUCCACCUUCUAAGCCCUCGAAAAUGGAUGGAAAGUGUGAGCACCACAGCGAGGAGCUGAAACUCUACUGCCAAACGGACAAGAGGCUCAUCUGUGUCGUCUGCAGGGAGUCCAGAGCUCACAGACACCAUGAUGUGACACCGGUGCAAGAGGUCAUGAAUGACAUGAAGAGGGAGUUGAGGCUGAGGCUGGGGGAGAUCAACUGGCAUAAGUCGCAGUGUAUCAAAAUCAGAGCCACAGAUCAGCGGACUAAAAGUGAAGUGCGGUUGAAGAAUCAAAGACUGAAGGAGAAGAUCGAAGCAGACGUUGGCGCUUUGGUCCAGUUCUUGCUAGAUGAGAGAGAUUCCCUGCUGGAGAGCUUGGACAGGGAGGAAGUGGCUACCAUGGUCGCCAUAGAUGACAACCUGAAAGCCGUCGAGACAGAAGUGGCAGAUGCGGACAAAGCUAUUUCAGAUAUUCACAGUUGUCUUAAUGGAAAAACUAGUUUUGAGAGCCUUGCUGAAACAUACGAAGAAGCAAUUCACUGCAAGAUUUUCASCAGCUUCGACCCUGUUAGUUGUCCGACUGAAUUUACAGACUUCUCAGGGCCUUUCCAGCUCAUCAUGUGGAAGAAAAUGAUGCAUGUGCUGCACACCAUGCCUCAGAACCUCACCUUGGACCCAGACACCGCUCACUUAAACCUGUUUAUCUCAGACUUCGAUACCAAAGUGGAGGAGGGCCACAUUCGCAACCAGGAGCCGGAUCUGCCGGGUCGCUUCAAUCGCUUCUGCGGCGUCCUUGCCACAGCCCAGUACGCCAGCGGUCAGCACUACUGGGAGGUGGACGUGAGGGACAAAGGUGUGUGGUACCUGGGGGUGACCACUGAAUGCAGCAACAGGAAGGGCUUUGUCAGCCUCACUCCCUCCUCAGGAUACUGGAGCCUGUGCCUGCAGGACCGGCUGUACGCCAACGUGGAAGACGGCCGCGUUCCCGUCGCCGACUACUGGAACUCCCCGCGUGUAGGUGUGUAUUUGGACUACGACAACGGGCGUCUUAGUUUCUACGAUGCGGUAACCAUGCGGAGACUGUUCAUGUUUAACACCUGCUUUGAUGAGCCGGUCUACCCUUUUUUCAGCCCAGGGAAGAAUGAUCCAGGCAGCAGGAUGCAAAUAUGCCACUAUUAUUAACUGAGAUUUACAGAGUGGUUGCACCGAUUGUUGAAGAGUCGACUCGUUUUUUUUCUUUCAGGUUUGACUCCUGAAAUGGCAAUUUCUCAUAGGCUAGGCUAGAGUAAUGGGGUCAUGUUGAGUCUUCACAGUCCUGUAUUGUGUGCUUUUCAGCUGUUACUCAUUGAUUUUAUGUCUAAAUAUAUAUUAGGUCAUAUAAAAUGAAUAUAAUCUGGUGUGUUGUCAUCUUGGAGUGAUUUUUCUAUUUUAUUUCCAAUUUAGACACCUACUGUAGGCUCAUACCCCUGAUUUACUGUAACGGGGGCUUUGGAGAGGUGCUUUGCGGGCUAUAUCACUGUGUCUGCGGGGUGGCAGAUGCCUCAGAUGCUCUCAUUGAUUGGAGCAUAUGUAAUUCAUAUCCCAUAGGCAACCAUUUUGCCAAACUACUGUGUAAGUUUUUUGCCAGGCAAAGGAGCAGUUGGUAGAAGAACCCUUAACAUAUCACAUUGAUAGAUGUUGGUCAGUUUGACCUUCUCAGCCAGCCAGGGAUUUCAGCAGCAGUUCAGACUUCCACAUGUAACGACAUGGUUGUUUGCGGACCCAAAUAUUUUUAGUACAAUGGCUUUUUUUUAAUGUCCUUUUUAUUUUAAUUAUUUACACAGUUUUUAGCCAUUGACAGUUUUUAUAUAGUUUCCUAAAAGAGUUUGCAGCCCUUUUGUCUCACGCUGAAAGCAUGAAGCCAUAUUGUUUUGAAGGUUGUUUAAAGAAAGGUGGAGCUYUUUAUCUCUGCAGGGAUGAAACGGUAAAUGACGAAACAUCCAGUUAAAAAAAAAAAAACGCUGGAACUUCUGACACUUUCUCCAACAAUUGCUCAUUUAGCUUGUACAUGUCGAUMUGUCAAAGCAGAGUAAUUGGUGUUUGUGUCAACACAAUUGUUUCAAUCUGUUAAGAAUUUUAUUUUAGUUUUUCUGCAUACAUGCUUUGUUCUUGUUUUCUUUGAGGGUUAAUUAUUAGGGAAAUAGUUUGGCUACACUGUUCAGUAAUUUACWAAAUAGUAAUAAACAAAUCAGUUAUUUAAAGUCAUUAUAUUCGAUUGUGUUUUUAUAGUUAAAAUGUUAUAUAAUUUGUCAAACUUUUUAUCAACAUUUGUAUUUGUUAAAAUCUUAAAGCCUGUUUUUCAUCUUUCAGCUUUUUUUUAUUCUAAAUUGGUAAAUUGUUCUGUUUUUUUCAUUCACUUAUUAGUAUUCUAAAUUUAGCGCAAUGAUUUUUGUGUUGCAUGAUAUGAUGCGCUUUAUACAUUUUUUUGAUUAUUUACAAGCUUUUAUUUUGCAAUCUGUAGCUUGUUUUGGAUCUGAAAGUGUGUCUGCAAUCACACUAAGUUGUAAUUUAUUAUUUUUUGUUAUUUUUAAUUUUAUUUUAUGUUUAGAGAAUGGCAACUUGUAUGCUUACUUUCAUUUUAAUUUUCAGACAUCAAAGGUUGUUAAAAGUUGGGCCAAAAGAAGAAGCUUUUUGAGGAUAACCUGAUAGUUUUAAGAUAAUAAUUUAGAAAGCUCUGCUUUAGCUUUCCAUUAUUUUCCAAUAUGUCCUUACARUGUGAUGAUUUUUUUAAGCUCGUUUUGGUCCUUUUAACUGUAUAUAAAUGAUUUUCAGAUUUUUCAUUAAGAAUAAAGAAGAAAAAAAAGA